GUAACCAUUGCAAUCACAUAGAAAGGAAAACACAAGUUUCUUACUCAGUACUCGUAUUUUUGAAAAAUGGCUAGAAUCGUAAUGAUGGUCUUAUGUGUAGUCGUUACUUGCAUGGUGGUGGCGGAAACCUAUGCUCAGGCUAUUACCUGUGAUCAGGUGGUUAGUGACUUAUCGCCAUGCUAUGGCUACUUAACAAAUGGCGGUGCUGUGUCAUCGGCAUGUUGCAGUGGGGUUGAGGCACUCAAUAGCGCUGCAAAUUCAGCCUCUGCUCGUCAGACUGCAUGUAGCUGCUUGAAGAGUGCUUACUCAUCCAACUCCGGCAUCAAUCUCUCUAACGCUGCCAGCCUUCCCAGCGAGUGUGGUGUCAACCUUCCUUAUAAGAUCAGUCCAAGCACCGACUGUUCCACGGUGGAGUGACGCGGAGAUUCUUAUGCAUGUUUGGAAGACUGGAAGCAUAUAUAUCUAAUUUACAAUAAAUAUCGAGAGCAUUGUAUAACUGUUAGACAUAUAUGACUGUAUGUGUCUCUUUAGUAUGUACCGGCCUUAAUUUCACUUCAAAUAAUGUUCUUGUAAUUGCAAUUUAAUUAAUAGACGAAUAUAUAAUACUCAGAA